AUGUACUACGGAUACCACGACGCCCCGCCGCCUACGCCUCCAUGGGCCGAUGAAGUUCGCCGCUAUCAUGUUGGUGUUGGCCAUGUCGUCGACCCUCCGCUCCACUCGGUCCAAGUAUACGAAAAGAUUCUACAGCCAUCCAAACCCUUUACAGUUUGGACUACUCAACAACAACGACAACGACAACAACAACAAGAAGAAGAAGAAGAAGAAGAAGAAGUAGAAGAAGAAGCAAUCCGGUCAAGAACGGUGGCGGCUCGGGGGGCGGCUCGGGCACCACCUGGGCAGAGGAGGUUGAGGAGGUGGUGGAAGUGGGGGAGAAGCAGCAGCAGAAACAACAGCACGACGGCUCCGAGCAGAUGGCCGGCUUACAUUAUCGAGGAGGAGGACGGAUCGAGAUCCGAUAGCCGGAGGAGCGGCUCUCGACGGGACAGGAGCACGCCCUCGGCUCAUCUAUACCGCUCAACACCCGACUCGGGGCCGUCGUUGGAAACCUCGCUGAGCGAGUCAGAUGAGGAGACCGAAGCCACCGUUUCGACUGAGGAUGAGACGGAAAGAAGGCCCUCAGAGAAGCAUCACGACCACAGACGUGCGCCAGGACGGGAAGACAUAAUAUACGAGGAGGACAAUGCCAGGGACACGAGACAUCGCUCCUUUGUCGAUCGACCGAGGUCAUCGUCGCAGCACUCGGCUGACAGGCAUGGACGGCCUGGAAGGCCACAGAAGGAACAUGGGCGGAGAGGUAGUAGCCCCGAGGAGAGCAGGUCCCGCUCAAGGUCCAAUAGGCUCUCGAAGAAAUACUACGAAUCUGAUGUGGUUUACCGGGAAAGGCACCCUGCGUCGCUUCGAAGGGCAAACACGACGGGGGGUUCUAACGUGGCAUCCUCGCAAAGUGUAGGGUCCUCGGCAAGGCGUUCGUCCCUUCUCGGGAGCCUUUUUGGUUCCGCUCUUCACGGGUAUGCUCAAGAGAAACCCGUAAGACUUGUCGAAUGUGUUGUUUGUAGGGACGAUGAAGUGCCAUCCCACAAGACGGCGAAACUGAGGUGUGGCCAUCGGAUGUGCAACGGCUGCUUGAAACGAAGUUUCACAAUCUCCAUUCAUGAUCCUCAGCACAUGCCCCCCAAGUGUUGCACGUCGGACCAUAUCCCACUGAAGCAUGUUGAGAAGCUGUUCGACAAGAACUUCAAGAGAACAUGGAACAAUAAGUACGCCGAGUUUUCCACGCGGAACCGACUGUACUGCCCGUCAAGGCGGUGCGGCGAAUGGAUCAAGCCCGAGAACAUUCGCCGCGACCACGACGGCCGGAAGUAUGGGGAGUGCAGCCGCUGUAGGACCAAGGCAAAGCGGGAAGGAUGGCAGCGCUGCCACCGUUGCAAGGCCAUGGUCGAGCUCAAAGAAGGGUGCAACCAUAUGACCUGUCGCUGUGGAGCCGAGUUUUGCAUGAUAUGCGGAUCCAAGUGGAAGACUUGUGAAUGCCCUUGGUUUAGUGACGACGCCGUAGAAAGUGAUCCACUGGAGCACAUGCAAAUUCCCAUGAACAUAAGGACAGACCCCAUCACCAUGCGGUCGGAUCGUUUCGAGCCCGGACCGCAGUCGCCCAGAGAAAUCCGACUCCGAGGCGGAGGAGGUGGAUGUGGCCAUGCGACAGCAGUGCGCCCCCGGCCUCAGAGUUACGAGGAGGAGAUGCUAGUUCGUAGACUGCAAGAGCAGCGAGACGAGGAUCUGGCCCGCAGGCUGGGGGGCUUUGGAAAGUUUGCUGACGACGAUGCCUUUGACGAUUACGACGACCACGACGGCCGCUACCGGGAAAGUACCGGUGAUACAGCUAGAGUUGGAAGCCGUGCUGGACCCUUUAUGAAUGACGACCAUCGACGAGGACCACAGACCACCGUUGUGCCACCAUCCCCGUCGCAUGCCCCCUUUGACAGGGCUAGCUCGGGAACCGAUUACGUUGCGGGGGUAAACAGAGCUCGAGGGGUGCGAGCGAGCUCCUUGGAGAGACGGCUUGCCGAGCGGUUCAACUCAGAUCUCAGGCAGAGCCCGAUGCACAGCCCGAUGAGAGCAACGGCGGGACCUCCGCCUCCUCCUCCUCCACCACCACCACCACCACCUCUACAUCCGCCUUCACAUCCACACUCACAUCCACAUCCACACCAACGCCCACAUCCGCCUCCACAUCCGCAUCCUCACCCGCACCACCACCCGCACUCUCCCGCACACGCACACCACCAACCUCCCCUUAUGUCACCGUCGGGCACGGUACCUUUGGUUCCCAUGCCGCCGCCCGCGGUGCCAGGCCUCAGGAGGCACACGAUGGAGGAGGAAUUGUAUAACAGCGCGAGAAGCACCCGGCCCUCGGAGCGAGUCGUGCCGGGGCGCAUUCGGCACGACUACGAGAGCGAGGCAGCCGCCCAUGCUCCGCCCAGUCGACGACGGCAGCACUAUCAAUAUUACGACUACGACCAUCACCAACAGCAGAAGCAGCAACCACAGCAACAGAAAACGCACCGCCAGUACUACGAACACCAGCAGCAGCAGCAGCAAUAUGAGCCACAGGAGGAGGAGCCCAGGCUGUCUGUCCUGGCCGGACUGGGUGGGCCAGGGCGAGGCAUGAACAGAGUGGUUGAAUGGGCGGCCUAUGUUGAACCCGGGAACACGGCCGGGGUGGGGGUGGGCAGCGUCAAGAUCGGAGAAGUGGUCCGGUACACGGUGACCUACACCCCGUCGCACGACCGCAUCCUGCCCUCGGCCGAGUCCCUCCAGCUCCGCAUCCGGAACACGUGCGCCAUCGCUCUGCGCGCCGCCUUCGUCCACGGGCCCUACACCCUCUCGGUCGCCGCCUACCCGUCGACCUUCAACCCCAACGAGAAAUUCGCCAACCCCCGCCGCUAUGGCGUGCCCGAGUUUGAGCCCAUGCUCAAGGCCGGCGGCACCUGGAACUGCCACCUGGUCGUGCCCGACGACAUCCGCCAGAGUGCGGGGACGGGGAAGCACGGCGGCAGCGGAUACUUUGGCGGGGGCGGCGGGCCGGAACACGGCGAACACGGACACGAGGGCGGGAGCGUCUCGUGGGUCAUCGAGGUCGCCUCCCAGGUCGUCUUCUCCACCUCGGCGGCCGUCAACUACGAGAUACUGCUGGCGCGCGACGAGAAGUCGCUGAGCCUGAGCUCCGGCGUCCCCGUCAUCGGGGGCCAGGCCCAGGUGCCCCUGCCCGGCCGCCUCGGCGACUACCACCAGAGCGUCGUCGCGGGCAAGGACCAGGGCGCCGCCGCCCCCGCGAAGGGCGUCUUCUCCCGCGCGAUCCGGCUCAAGGUUGAGGACACGGCCAGCCUCUGGAACACGCCACAGCUGCCCGGCUGGGAUGACGCACAUUGUCUCGGUGGCAGGCCUCGUGGCUCCGACGGACCGGUACAGCGGGUUGCUACCCAGGCCAAGGUAGAGCGCUUUGAAGGAACCCCCGGGAAGGAGAAGCAGAAGAAGAUCCACCUCGUGGUGCUGACGCACGGCCUGCAUGGUAAUAUGGGCUCGGAUAUGCUGUUCCUUAAGGAGAGCAUCGAUGCCGGUGUGAGGCAGGCGAAGAAGGACGCCAAAGUACGGAAGGCCAAGGAGAGGGCGGCCGCUGAGCAGGAGAGGGAGGCGGGAACUGCUGCCGCAAGAGGCGGUGGCGAUGGCGCUGCUGUUGGGGCUGACCCUGACAAGGUCGAGAACCGGAGCGGGAAGGUGGACGAAAAAAACGAUGUUGAUGACGACGACGACGACGACGACGAAGAGGUAAUCGUGAGAGGGUUUUCUGGUAAUGCAACACGGACUGAGCGAGGGAUCAAAUACCUUGGGAAACGACUUGCCCGAUUCGUUCUUUCAACGACGUAUCCAGAUCAGCCUUACCUGCCCACCACAAAGGCAACUCCAGAGGUUGCCUCACACACACUCAAGACGACUGGUCAUAAACAUGGUGUUGAGGGAAAACCAGCACACAAGCACAGUACUAUUCACAAGGCACCAGUCAAAGGGCACAGGUUGUACAAGAUCACAAAGAUCAGCUUUGUUGCCCAUUCCUUAGGCGGCCUCGUCCAGACAUACGCCAUCGCCUACAUCCAAAAACACUCCCCUCUGUUCUUUGAUCUUAUUGAGCCGAUCAACUUCAUUGCAAUGGCCUCCCCCUUUCUCGGCUUGAAUCACGAGAACCCCCUGACCGGCCAAGACCUGGGCUUGACCUGGAGGGCCCCGACUAUUGCGCGGAACGGAUGGGGUGCCAUUGUGAGCAACCUCGGGGAGAACGCCCACAAGCACGUCUACGGCGAAGCCCAACCGGAGUCAAAACCACUCCUCCGGAUCCUGCCUACCGGGCCAGCACAUAUCGCUCUGAAGAAGUUUCGAAACAGAACUCUCUACUCUAAUGUGGUCAAUGACGGCAUCGUACCGCUGCGCACAAGUUGUCUCUUGUUCCUGGACUGGCAAGGUUUAGGACGAGUUGAAAAGGCCCGACGGGAGGCUGGCCUGGUUGAGACGGUCGUCCGAUCGGGCUGGGCAGAGCUCACAGGCGCCAAUGUGACUACGGCUAGGACCAGCCCUUGGGUGCCGGCCGAAGGUGAUCAGGGUGAUGAGGGGGUACCGGGAGCACCGGGAGCCGAUGCAUCUGAGGUGCCCCAACCGCCAACGAACGCCACCCUGGAGGACGACCGACAGAGUCUUCGGGCAGCCAAGAUUGCUCACCACGACUCAGGUCCCCCUCCCUCCCCUGGCAUCGAUUAUUCGGCGAGUACAAAUAACAGCAAUCCUUUCACUGGGCUCUUCAACUUGUUCCGCAGUCACGACGGUCCAAAGUCGAGCCCUGCUUCGGCUCCAAAGCAGAAUAAGAUACUCCAGCGAAGCCAGACCCUCAAAUUCGACGACUCUGCGGUCACGAGCUCCAGGUCCUCAUCCUCUUCGAAGUCCAAAGUCACGACCGGGCAUGAACUAACAGUAGACGAGUCGGAAGGGGUGUCGGCACCGCCUACCACAACCUUCUUCGAAUCUGCAGGCGACGUGCUCAAUCCGACACUUCCCACCGUGGAGUUCCUCAUCGACCCUUCGAAGCGACCACGGGCAAUAUUCCACGAUCGCAUCUACCACCCGUCCGAUAUCCCACCCGCGCCUCUCAAGCGGCGGCCUACUGUUCUUAGUCUGCGCCAGAAAUCGUUCACAUCGGGCAAUAAGUCGACCGACAGUCGUAACUCGUCUCCCUACUCCUCCAGCAACAUUCCUCAUCAAGAUUCUUCGCUAUCAAAGCGAGACUACGAUGACACAGAGCACACGAACCCGGACAUGGGCCCGGACGAGGAGGUCGACAGCUCGCAGAUGCGGGUGGAGGAGAAGAUCGCGCGCGCGUACCACCGCGACCUGUCGUGGCGCAAGGUGCUCGUCAAGCUCGAGCCCGACGCGCACAACAACAUGGUUGUGCGGCGCAUGUUCGCCAACGCCUUCGGCUGGCCCGUCAUCCACCACCUCGUCGAGGCGCACUUCAGCGACUCGGCCGCCGCCAGGACGCCCGACGACGAGGAGACCAACGACGAGCGCGCGAGGCACCCGGCCGAGGCGCCCGACGAGCACGGCGCCGAGACGACGACCGAGACGGCGGGGAAGCAGGAGGAUGGCAGCGGCAGCGGCAGCGGCAGCGACAGCGGAGGCGACCCGUCCGUCCAGCGGCUGAAGUCCGCCCAGCGGACGGUGAGCGAGGACCGCGAGGCGACGGACACCGUCUCCGACCUGCCCCAGACGCCCGACCCGCAGCAGCUGGCGUCGCCCCAGCAGCAGCUGCAGCAGUGCGACGUCUCGGACUCGGUCACCUGGAGCGACCGCGACUGGGUCGACAGCGCGGCCGAGAGCGAGGACGCGGAUCUGGAGAGCACGGCCCGGGAGAAGCGGGAUAAGGCCAAGGCUAGGGGCAAGGGCAGGGGCAAUGGCGCCGAGCAGAGCCCCAGCCCCAGCCCCAGCCCUGGCCUGAGUCCGCUCGGGGGCGCGUGGAGCUGGACCGAGAAGAUCGUGGGGAAGGGAACGGGUGGGCAGCCGAAAUCGCCCCAGAGUUAG